AUGAGAGGCUAUGGUGAACUCUCUUCUGUUUUCUCACCAUCUGAAAGGAGCACUGCACAUAUGAAUGCACUAAAAGACCUGGUUAUUGAUGAUGGUGUUCCAAACACCAGCUCCUCCUCCCCUCUCAUGGAAACAUGCGAUUGUAUUGAGAGAGUCAAAUUUCUAAGGGGAAAGAACUAUUUUCUCACUGGACCAACUGGGUUUCUAGCCAAACUUUGGCUCAAAAAGAUGCUAUGGUCAGUCCCUGAUGUUGGAAAGAUCUUUCUCUUGAUUAAGGCAAAAGAUAAGGAGACUGCAAUGGACAGACUGAAAAAUGAAAUCAUAGGCUCAGAACUAUUUAAGUGCCUGGAACAAAUACAUGGAGAAUCCUAUACAGAUUUCAUGAUGAGCAAGCUAGUCUCGGUCAUUGGUGAUGUUUGCAAGUCGAAUCUAGGAAUGGAUGCUACUUCAGCUACUGAGAUUGCAAAGGCAGUUGAUGUGAUUGUAAAUUCAGCUGCCAAUACAAUCCUUGAUGAAAGGUAUGAUGUUGCUCUCAACACAAACACAAAAAAGGACCUUCUCGACUCGUAAGCUUUGCCAAGAAGUACAAGAAACCGAGUCUGUCUGUGCAUGUA